GUCUUAAAUGCAGCCGCUGUUGUGUUUUCACGCCUGCAGGACAUUUGAUCAAACAAACAAAAUCAGGGCUGUGGUCAGAGAAAAGUAACAGCACAUCGCCUUAAAAAAACAAACAAACAAACAAACAAACAAUCUUUCACAGCAGCGGACGCGCUCCUGGACAGUCGUGCUCGCCAUGAGGAGGUCCGCGGACGUCGUGCUCACGCUGGUGCUCGUCGCGUCCCUGUCGAGCCGGUGCGCGCUCGGCAUCUACGGGAUGUUCGCGGCGCAGAGCUCUCCCCCGGACCCGUGCUACGACGAGCACGGAAACCCGCGCCGCUGCAUCCCCGAUUUCGUCAACUCCGCCUUCGGGAAGGAGGUGCGGGUGUCCAGCACGUGCGGGAAGCCGGCGGGCCGCUACUGCGUGGUGACGGCGGCGGAGAAAGGAGAGGAGAGGAGCCGGAGGUGUCACACCUGCGACGCGUCCGACCCAAAGAGUUCCCGGCCCGCGGCCUACCUGACCGACCUCAACAACCCGCACAACCUGACGUGCUGGCAGUCGGAGAACUUCCUGCAGUACCCGCAGAACGUCUCCCUGACGCUGUCUCUCGGCAAGAAGUUUGAGGUCACUUACGUGAGCCUGCAGUUCUGCUCGCCCCGGCCCGAGUCCAUGGUCAUCUACAAGUCCAUGGACUACGGCAAGACCUGGGUGCCGUUCCAGUUCUACUCCACCCAGUGCCGGAGGAUGUACAACAAACCCAACAGGGCCGCUAUCACCAAGCAGAACGAGCAGGAGGCCGUGUGCACGGACUCUCACACCGACAUGUACCCGCUGAUCGGCGGCCUGAUCGCCUUCAGCACGCUGGACGGCCGACCGUCCGCGCACGACUUCGACAGCUCCCCGGUGCUGCAGGACUGGGUGACGGCCACCGACAUCAGAGUGGUCUUUAGCCGCCUGCACACUUUCGGCGACGAGAACGAGGACGACUCGGAGCUGGCCCGGGACUCCUACUUCUACGCCGUGUCGGACCUGCAGGUCGGAGGGAGAUGCAAGUGCAACGGGCACGCGUCCCGGUGCGUGAAGGACCGGGACGGCAAUCUGGUGUGCGAGUGCAAACACAGCACCGCCGGACCGGAGUGCGACAGGUGCAAACCGUUCCACUACGACCGACCGUGGCAGAGAGCCACGGCGCGCGAGGCCAACGAAUGCGUGGCCUGUAACUGUAACCUUCACGCUCGAAGGUGUCGUUUCAACAUGGAGCUGUACAAGCUGUCGGGGAGGAAGAGCGGCGGCGUAUGCCUCAACUGUCGUCACAACACAGCCGGUCGCCACUGUCACUACUGCAAGGAGGGCUACUACAGAGACAUGUCCAAGCCCAUCUCACAUCGGAAGGCCUGCAAAGCAUGUGACUGCCAUCCCGUGGGUGCUGCUGGCAAAACCUGUAACCAAACCACAGGACAAUGUCCCUGUAAAGACGGCGUGACUGGUAUCACAUGCAACCGCUGCGCUAAAGGCUACCAGCAGAGUCGCUCGCCCAUUGCCCCUUGCAUAAAGAUUCCAGUUGUACCUCCAACGACCCCGGCCAGCAGUACAGAGGAACCAUCCGACUGCGACUCUUAUUGCAAAGCAUCUAAAGGCAAACUGAAGAUCAACAUGAAAAAAUACUGCAAGAAAGAUUAUGCUGUCCAGGUGCACAUCCUGAAAGCAGAGAAGGCCGGAGAGUGGUGGAAGUUCACCGUCAACAUCAUCUCCGUCUACAAGCAGGGAGAGAACCGAAUCCGCCGGGGGGACCAGUUCCUGUGGGUCCGUUCCAAAGACGUGGCCUGCAAGUGUCCCAAGAUCAAACCCGGGAAGAAGUACCUGCUUCUCGGGAAUGACGAAGACUCCCCCAGUCAGAGCGGAGUGGUGGCCGACAAAGGCAGCCUGGUCAUCCAGUGGAGGGACACGUGGGCGCGCAGGCUGAGGAAGUUCCAGCAACGCGAGAAAAAAGGCAAGUGCAAGAAACCAUAGGUGGAGACGGCACCAGGGGAGAUGAAUUCACGAGAGAAACUGAACGGGUGAUGUGAAAAAAGGUUGAAAGAGAGACAGUAGACUACGGACAGAGAAGAGACUCUUUAUGUCGCUGCUUUUUUUUUGUGUAGAAGCAUGAAGAGAUUUAGGUUUUUCUUGUAGUGAAUGUUUCUUGAAGGAGUUCACCUUGCAGAUUAAAAAAAAAAUUACUCUGAGAUUGUGGAUUUGCAGAGACUCGUGGAUUUGCCAAAUUUGCACCGACCGGUAUUAUCAGUAUAUAAUUUUUUUAAAAUGUUGUUUGACUCCAUUAUGUUUUAUGUUUUGGUUUUAUGAACAUUUUUUUUCCUGCUGGUGCAAAAAUGACAGAUAAAAGUAAUGACCACUGCAUUUUCACAUCAUCUUACUCCACAUUUAGCGAUAAAAUUUGAGCUGUUAAAAAAAUUAUAAUUUUUCAGACUGAGACAGGAAUAUCUUCUUUAGCAGUGAAAAUAUGUCAUUCAGCAGGUAGAAUGGUCUUCUGAGGCACAUGGAAAGUGGGAAUUUCAUAAAUGCACACUGCGUUUCGAGUUAAAUGAGCUGCUGGUGUUCUCUGUCGUCAGCUAUUCUUUGUUUUAACCAUUUUCCAAAUUUUACAGUAGUACUUAACAGUAGCUGUAGACAUGAAGACAGUAAGGGCGACAGCAAUCUGACAUCUGACCUUCACCCAAAUGAUUGACCUCUGGCCAACCUUGUGAGAGCAGUUGUGGAAUUGACCUACAUGCGUGCCUGAGCUCAGUUUCAUAAAGCAGUCUACUCUUGUUUAGUCAACUA